AUGUCUGAUUUUAGAUAUAAGGUAAGUGUUUUUAAUAAGGAACAUAUUAUUGAUAACUCCGUAACUAUUCAGUAUAACAUUUGAACCUAAUAGGUAUAAACAGGAAUAUAACCAAUAUUAAUAUUAUAAAUGUACCUACCUGUUCCAUAACUCUUAUUUAUUUUGUAAAAAUGGGAAGUAUUUCAAACUACCAUUUAACAUUAGUAGCUUUAGUGGUGACUUUACAUCUGGCCAUAUCUUCUCACCAAAACUACCCAGGCACUGAGACACGACCGAUUUUGUCUGAUGAUGAGGCAUCGAAAUAUCAGGAAGAAAACUAUUUUGGAGAUUGGGAACCAGAAGAAAUAAUUAUUCCAGAUGAACCAGACUAUAUCGUAAAAGCUGGAGAAUCUAUACAGGAAAGUGUUAAUGCUGCUAUCAAAGCUGGAAAUUCGUCCACGCGAAAAUAUAUUAAAAUUGAAGCUGGAGUUUAUACAGAAACUGUUUAUAUAGCUGGCGAUGUCCCCUUAACAAUCUACGGUGGAGAUUCUGCCAGUGACGUACAUAUCAUUCAAAAUAUCAGUGCUAAUACACAUAUAUUAGAUUACAUGAACUUGGUUAAUCCAGAAGGUGCACGUUACCAGGAGGGCGAUCCAGCUUGGGAUAUAUACCGUGAAUGCGGUCACAAAAAUGGAUACAUUGGUACAAAUUGCUCUGCGGUAUUUGUAGUACGUAGCGAUCAAUUUCAGCUGAUGAGGAUAACUGUUGAGAACGGUGCUACCGAUGCUCAAGCAGUUGCUGUUAAAAUUGAUGCAGAUAAAGUCCAUCUAAUGAGUAGCAACUUUUUAGGCGGCCAAGACACUCUUUUCGUCGGAGCCAACAAUAAAACAGAAGAAAGAGUACACGUCCACAUGUGCUACAUUGAAGGCGACACUGAUUUCAUAUUCGGGGCAGCAUCUGCAGUGUUCAACAUGUGCACUGUAAAAGUUGUUGGCAAACGAGGAAAAAAUACUGCUAUUAUAUUUGCACCUAGUACUCCGCCUGAUAGAUCAUAUGGUUUUCUGGUUAUUGACAGCGUGAUAACUGGAGAUGAAGUGUACUUAGGAUCAAACAAGACUAGCCUUGCAAGAGCAUGGGAUGCAGGAGUGCAAACUGCUGAAGACUAUGUAGCAGGAUCAUCUCCAAAUGGCCAAUUAGUUAUCAGAGAUUCCCAAAUAGAUGCUAUUAUCGAUGUUGACCAACCUUAUACUGCAGCUGCUACAAGUGGAAGACCGUUUUCUACAGAUAUAAAGACUGAUAGAAAUCUUGACGACAACGUUCAUAAUAGACUGUGGGAAUAUAACAAUUAUGGAGACGAUGCAUAAAGGAUAUAGGAUGGAUGAAAAUGAACAGAAUGUCUUUAUUAUUUUCUAUUUAAAUAAAUUAUGUUAGAU